AGUGCCCGGACUAUUUUUCAAACCCCCUCUAGUCGCAUUUUGUCUCUGCACGACUUCAAAAUCGUAAAAAACAUCGAGCCACGUCCAUCAUGCCGCGUGGGCGAGUGAUGCGUAGACCAAGCGCAUAUAUAUAUUAGCCCACAGCUCUAAUUUUGACAAUUACCUUUUCGAAUUUAUACCCGAAGAAGCACACGUAGAGUCGUUCAUUUUGAAUUCCUAGUAUGGUUUCUAAUGAUUCGACCCCCGCGUCCAAUGCUCUCCCACGAACUCAUGGAGCCCACUCCAAAGUAUCCAUGGUCAACGGUGAUCUCUCACAUCUUAUCAAUGACGCAAACCACGCCACCCAUGCUGAGAAGUCCAUGACAACUUAUCAGGCGUUCAAAACAUACCCUAAGGCCAUCAUGUUCAGUAUUAUUCUCUCCACGGCCAUUGUGAUGGAAAGUUAUGACGUCCUGCUUCUAGCAAACCUAUACGCAUCGCCAGGCUUUGCAAAACAUUACGGCUCUCUAACAGAUGAUCCUAAGCACCCGUAUCAGAUCCCAGCCCCCUGGCAAGCUGGAUUGUCUAAUGGCGCAGCCGCCGGGCAAAUACUAGGUCUUCUUAUUAAUGGAGUUGUGAGCGAGCGAUUCGGCUACCGUAAGACAAUGAUUGUUUCACUAGCGGCCAUGACAGCUUUUAUCUUCAUCCCUUUUUUCGCCGAGAAUCUCAUUGUUCUCGCAGUAGGAGAAAUUCUUUGUGGGAUUCCUUGGGGUGUAUUUCAAACUCUCACCACAGCCUAUGCCUCUGAGGUAUGCCCGACACAGCUUCGAGCCUAUCUCACAACCUAUAACAACCUCUGUUGGGUCUUUGGGCAACUAAUUGGGUCUGGAGUCCUGCGUGCUCAUGCGUUAGGGACAGAUAAAUGGAGCUAUAAAAUUCCUUUUGCCAUCCAGUGGAUCUGGCCAGUUCCCAUCUUAAUCGGUGUUCUUUUCGCUCCAGAGUCACCAUGGUGGCUCGUUCGUCGCGGCAGGAUUGAAAAUGCCAGGCAAGCUUUGCGGAAGCUGACCUCGUUCAAAGAUGGGAACGGUUCGGUCGAUGUCAAUAUUGAUCAAACUUUAGCGAUGAUGGUCAUCACUAAUGAAACGGAGAAGGCUCUGGAAUCUGGCGUCAGCUAUCUGGACUGUUUUAAAGGAAGCGAUUUACGGCGAACAGAGAUUGUAUGCGCAACUUGGUCCAUCCAGAGUCUCUGUGGAAGUACAUUUAUGGGAUACUCAACGUACUUCUACAUUCAAGCUGGCCUUCCCACAGUUAAUGCCUUUGAUAUGUCUAUGGCACAGUACGCCCUGGGAGCCAUUGGUACAGUUGGUUCCUGGUUUCUCAUGUCUUAUGCAGGGCGUCGUACAAUCUACAUCUAUGGUCUCUCAAUUUUAACUGUCCUGCUUCUCCUCAUUGGGCUCGCCUCCUUCUCGAACAGCACAGCGACACCUUGGGCCAUUGGCUCUCUCCUCCUAGCCUACACCUUUAUCUACGAUACCACGGUUGGGCCCAUUUGUUAUUCCCUUGUCUCCGAAAUGCCAUCUACUCGCCUCAAGACAAAGUCCAUAGUCUUAGCCCGCUGUGCCUACAAUAUCUUUGGUAUUGUCAAUGGCGUAAUUACGCCCUAUAUGCUUAACCCAACCGCUUGGAACUGGAAAGGGAAGAGUGGAUUCUUUUGGGCUGGACUCUGCUUCUUCUGUUCCGUUUGGUCUUAUUUCAGGUUACCAGAGCCGAAGGGACGCACCUAUGGUGAGCUGGACGAUUUAUUUGCGAGGGGUAUUAGCGCGAGGAAAUUCAAGGGGGCUGUCGUUACUCUAUGGCAGAGCGACGUAGAGGAAAAGGGCGUAGUGGUGCCUGUCGGGGCUAACGUUUGAUAUAAUUCCAAAGCAAACAAAACAG